AUGUUCCAUUUUCAAAACAUUAUAGAUCUUUUUCAAAUUUUCCAAUUCUUCUUUUCAAUCAGUUUUAUCAAUAGUCCGACUUUUUUCAAAAAUCCAUUAAGUUUUUCAUCACCAAAUACAAAUAUUAAUACAAAUUCUAGCAUUUACAACAGCAAUAAUAUUAACAGCAACAGCACCAACAACAGUAAUACAAAACAAAACGACCUCAAAUUUUUAAAACCAAAUGGUACAAGUAUUAUUACUGGCGUCGAAUUAGGUAAAUUACUGGAUUCAACAAAUAAUAAUAACCUUUUGCUAAUAGAUUUAAGAACAGUAGUGGAUUUCUCCAAAUCUCACAUUAAAGAUUCCAUUAACGUCUGUUUACCUUCAACUUUACUAAGAAGAAGAAACUUCACUUUUAAUAAAUUAUUAGAUAAUUUAUCAUUAUCGAUUAAAGAUUUAAUUUUGAAAAAAUUUCAAAUAUCAAACUCUAAUCAAUUGAGGAUUAUCAUUUAUGAUAACAAUCUAAUUCAAAAUGAUAACAACAUACCUUUCACCUGUUAUGGUAUAUCUUUAAAACUGUUAGAUUAUUUAUCAACUUUGGAAAAUUCAAACAACAUUACAAUUUCAAUUUUAUCCUCAGGUUUUAACCAAUUUAGCGUUUUAUUCCCAUGUCUAAUAGAAAAUAAUAUCAAUACCAUUGAUUUAAAUCGACUACAAAAUGAUGACAAUGACAUUCACGAUUUAAAAUUGAAUUUACCAGAAGAAAACUCUAAAAAAUUGUCCUCAUCCUCAUUAUCUUCAUCAUCAUUUAUAAACUCAGUGACUCCCCCUUGUUCAAAUUCACCAAAUUCACCAUCGUCACCAAUCUCUGCAUUAUUAAGAUUUCAAUUACCAUCAUACCAGAACACACCAAAAUUGAGAUUUAAGAUCCCAAGAAAUGAAGAAAUUAUGAAUCUGGAGUCUUAUUUAAGUGCUGUCAAUAUAAGCGAACGACAACAUUUAGAAAAUAAAAGUAUCAACUCAUUUGUGUUCCCAGCUUCAAAUGCCAAUAAUGCCUCACAAAGUAGUAAUAGCAAUACUGAUAAAUUGAAGUUUCAAAAAAAAUUCGAUCAAUUAUACUUACAAUAUGAUGAAGAUGAAAUUAAUUCAGUCAUACCAAACUGGUUUAGAAAUUUAAUGAAAAGGACAAAAGUUGACUUCAUCAUGCAAUUUCAAAAAUUAGAUCUUUUGGAGAGAAAAAGAUUAAACAAUUGUUUAUCCCAUAAAACAAGUCAUUCGAUUGAUGCCAACGUUACGAGCACUUUAUUAAAACCACCCAAUAUGGAUUGUAAUUUGAACUUAGUUGGGAAUCCUGCUAUAAAUGCACUAAAAUUACAAAAAAGAUCCAUGUCACAACCAAAUUUUGAAUUAUCUUCAAAUUCAAAACCUUUUUCUCCUUUGAAAUUGAGAGAUGAUGAUGACGAUGAUCAAUCUAUAGAAAUUUCUUCAGGUUUGGAACUAGGUUCGAAAAAUAGAUAUAAAGAUAUAUUUCCCUAUGAACACUCAAGGGUUAUCCUAAGAAAACAUUCUUUGGGAACUAUAACUGAUAUAAAUUCAAAUUUAUCUGACAUUUCUGAGAAUUAUAUUAAUGCUAAUUACCUGAAAUUACCUGAAAUACCAAUUCCAAAUAGUGAAAAUUCUGAUAUCUCUUUAAAAAAAAUUGAUAAUAUUCCAAGUCUAUCCGAUAUCAGAUAUAUUGCUACUCAAGCACCCAUGCUUUCGACUGUCUAUGAUUUUUACACAUGUGUAAUGAACAAUAAUGUCCCAUUAAUACUUUCUUUGACAGAUAGAUUCGAAAACGGUAUAGAAAAAUGUUUUCAAUAUUGGAAUAGUGAUAAAUAUAAUGACAUUGAAGUAAAAUUAUUAGAAGAGAUUGAACUAUCAGAACUUAUAUAUUCUAAGGAUGACUGUUCAUCAGGUACUGAAAAAUCGAAAAGUUUAUCCAAUAUCAUUAUAAGAAGAAUACAGCUACAAUAUUAUAUUGAUGGGAAAUUGAAUACAUAUGAUACCUUACAAUUACAAUUAAUUAAUUGGCCAGAUUUGGGAACAAUGUUAGAUCCAACUGAACUAAUAGUUAUGACAUCUAUCAAAAACAUAGUAAUGAAUAAAUUAUUAGAAGAACAAAAAUACGCAUCAGGUGAAGUUCCUACUAUUUUAGUGCAUUGCUCUGCCGGUUGUGGUAGAACAGGCACUUGGUGUACCGUAGAUGCAGUGUUAUCGAAUUUAAAUAUUUUUGAAAAGUUACAGCGUUAUAUUAAUGAAACCACGUCUAAAGAUUACGAUGUGUUUGAUCCAAUUGUGUGGACAAUCAAUGUUUUCAGAAAGCAAAGAAUAUCGAUGGUUCAGACGAUCAAUCAGUAUCUGUUCGUUUACGAAUGUCUUUUAUUUUAUUUCACAUCUAGACUACAUGAAAAAUACAAAAUUAAAGAUAAUUAUACCCCAAAUAACAUGCAUAAUAAAUCAAUGGAAUUUUUUAUGGAACAAAUUCAAGAUUUAGAAGUCAUUGACAGAUUUGUUGAUGAAAAAGCACGAGAACCGAUGUGUUCAUUUGCAUAA